GUGGCGUUUCGCAGGCUGGAGGCAGGAAGUGUGUGGAAGUUUGUUGAUGGAAAAAAGUUCUCAUGGUUAUUUUCAUGCCAGUGUAAAAAGUUACGUUUCUCUGGUUUGGCGACUCUCAGAAGACUGUGCUGAAGCUGUUUGGAGACACCAAAGGGACCAGAACAUCAAGAAUAAUGGGGAGCGAACCAGGCCCAGUUCAGAUUGUCAAUGUCUGUAAGGACGAUCACUCUUUCACCUUGGAGAUCAAUGCUUUGAGUCAGAUCCUGCUGAACCCCAAGGUCCGAGACAAACGUGUGGUGGUGGUGUCAGUGGCCGGAGCCUUCAGGAAGGGGAAGAGCUUUGUGCUCGACUUCAUGCUUCGAUACAUGCACAGACAGGACGAGGAGAAAUGGAUGGGUAACGAUGACGAGCCUCUGACCGGGUUUUCUUGGAGAGGAGGGUCAGAACCGGAAACAUCAGGCAUCCAGCUGUGGAGCGAAGUUUUCCUUGUCCAAAAGAGCGAUGGUGAAGAGGUGGCUGUGGUGUUGAUGGACACUCAGGGAGCGUUUGACGACCAGUCCACUGUGAAGGACUGUGCCACCAUCUUUGCCCUCAGCACUAUGACCAGCUCCAUACAGCUCUACAAUCUCUCACAGAACAUCCAGGAGGACGACCUGCAGCAGUUGCAGCUGUUCACAGAGUAUGGUCGUCUCGCCAUGGAUGAGAUCUUUCAGAAGCCCUUUCAGUCUUUGAUGUUUCUGAUCAGGGACUGGAGCUUUCCCUACGAGUACAGCUACGGGUUCAAAGGCGGGAAUCAAUUCCUGGAUAAACGGUUACAGGUUAAGGAGGCUCAACACGAGGAGCUGCAAACAGUCAGGGAGCACAUUCGUUCAUGCUUCACCAGCAUAUCCUGCUUCCUCUUACCUCACCCUGGUUUAAAAGUUGCCACCAGUCCUGCCUUUAAGGGACAGCUCUGCGAUGUUGGUCCUGAGUUCAGAGACCAGCUGAAGAUUUUGAUUCCCAAACUGCUGCAUCCAGACCGUCUGGUGGAGAAAGAAAUAAAUGGAAACAAAGUCACAUGCAGCGGCCUGCUCGAGUUUUUCAAGGUUUAUAUCAAGAUUUAUCAGGGAGAAGACCUACCGCAGCCAAAGACUAUGCUCAUGGCCACAGCAGAGGCCAAUAACUUGGCAGCUGUGGCGUCAGCCAAAGACCAGUAUUACAGGAACAUGGAGAAGGUGUGUGGAGGAGACCUGCCUUAUGUUUCUCCAGAUUCCCUGGAAGAGAAACAUCAGUUUUUCUUCCGGGAGGCUCUUCACGUCUUUGCAUCCACCAAGAAGAUGGGCGGGCAGGAGUUUUGUAACCGUUACCAGGUGAAACUGGAAAAGGAGCUAUUGGAAAUGUGGGAGUCAUACCUGAAGCACAACGAGUCCAAAAACCUCUUCAGCGCCUUCCGGACUCCUGCUGUGCUCUUUGUCCUGGUGUGCCUCCUCUACGUGCUCUCUGGUUUGCUUCUUUUUAUCGGCCUGUCCACCUUCGCCAUGUUUUGCGACUGCACUCUUGGUGCGGUCAUGGUGGCCAUGCUGACGUGGGCCUUUAUCCGCUACUCGGGUCGGUACCGAAAUGUGGGAGGAGCCAUCGACCAGGCUGCCGGCGUCGUUCUGGAGCAGGCCACUGUGAUGCUGAACAAGUCGAGAGGGACAAGCAUGGUGGAGCACAAGAAAACCCGUUAAAAGACCGCCACACUCUCUUCAUAAUGCAAAGCAAACGGCGCCCACAGCAAACACACAGUCAGCACCCAAAGCCUUAUCAUGCCACCCAAACUCAACAACACUGACACGGGGUAGCGAGAUGAUGCCACUUCACCAGCAUCUCUAUUAUGCACAAUAUUCUGCCUCUCAACGGUUCUGUUAUUCUCUAAGGCAGGGACGUAAACUGUAUUUUAUGUCUUAAAUUGACACUGCCAUCACUUUACAAGUUUACAAUUGGUCUUAAUAGACAAGUCAAAGUUUACCUUAAACCUAAAAACACUUUUAUUUUCUACUUCAAGCUUAAUGCAUCUUCGUUGGCCGUAUGUUGCUAAGACAGGGUUUCUGCAGUGUGUCUUUAAAUAGUUUCCUAAAAUGCUAGCUUUAAAGCGUAUACAUUUAUUCAGGUUCCUGGGAGGUUUUCUUUGUUUUCACUCAUUGACUUUAAAACAUUCCAGCUUGUUUGUAGAUUGGCUUCAUAUUUUAACAUGAACUAGCAUUUCUUGGGAGGCUUUGAGGGGAGAGUAAACAGUUUUUUGCUCUACACAGCACAGCAUGGAGGCUGUAUGUAAUGGGAGAUUCACUUGUUUGUUCUUUUAUGGAAAUAUGCUAUACUUUGUUGAUCUGAGUACUAAAUAAUAGACCAUAUGGAAUAUAUAUAUAUACUCCAUAAAAAAUUCCAAAGGAAAGACAGUAUUAGAACGCUGAUAAGUGUUGAUUGACCAAAUAAACUGCUUUCAUUAUGUUGUGAGCGCUAGUGUAAAAUUUUAAUCAUGUCAAAAAUCAGUUUAAGCGAUAAUACAGUCCACAGCAUAAACAAGAUAAUUCUGUCUCUUUAAAGACAUUUAAACAUGCUAGUAAUUUAAUUGGAGACAUACGUGAAACUAAUGGCAAGCAAAAUGUAUGAAUAGAACAAAAAAGCAGGAGAAAUGAGCAGAAAAUUGUAGCACAGCUGUCAUCCUGAAUUUUUGUACAAGUGUUUCAUUUUUCCGAGGGCUGCAACACUUAGACGGAUUAUUAUCAUGUAACAUAUGAUAUUGUUAGUCAUGCUUUCCCCUCAAAUGAUCUUGUGAUGUUUUAAGUGACGGGUAAUGGUCUAUACUGUCAGCAGAGAAAUAACAUUGUGACACCCCACCUUAUUCAAAAGCCCCACUGGUAAAAUAGCUGUAAGUUAAAUUAAUGUUUAAACUGCUUCACAUUAAUUUGCUCUAUAAAAAGACUGUUUAAAUAUUUGUUAAGCUGUGUGAGGUAAAACUUGGAUUUAUCUGGCUCCCAGUUCAGCUCAAAACUACCAUUUCAUAUGACUGACUUUUACUGCGAAAGAAAAAUAAUCAAUAUGAUCUUGAUUCUUACAUUCUUGUUUGCAUGCAGCAAGUUAACCAUUUAAUCUUUAGCAAAUCAGCAAGUUGUACUGAGAAAUAAAAAGCUGGACCACUCAGUGGAUUUAUUAUAUUUUAGUUUGACUUUGUGGGGCCAAGCAGGGGCUGCUCCAGCCAGCUCAGAGUAAAUCAGGUAGUGGAUUAAAGGACGAUGAUUACUUGUAGCUAUGCCCUACAUCUCUAAAUAUGAUAACGUGCAUGAUAACAUGAAGAUGGCUCCUGUAACUAUGCAGCAGUAUGCACUUUAAUAACUAUUCCAAAAAAAAAAAAAAAAAUCCCCAAAAAGCUGUACAGUGAUGCUUUAUUCUCACAGUGAUACCAUAUUACUCUUAAUGAUACAAAUCCACAUAGUAAAGGGCCAAAAAUUUCCAAAUUGAAUAUUUGUGGUUUUUGACCAUCAUUUUGCACUUUCCAUUUCUGUCUCUUUCCACAAGAGGAGGGAACUGUUUAAAUUGUUUUAAAAAAGCAGUUAUUAUUGCACUUCCCCUCUUCUUUGGUGCUUUUUGUACACAGCUUGUUCCAAAGGCGAGCAAAUGCAUGCAAGUAGUCCCAGCUAAUGCAGUCAUCUCUUGCAGGUGCAUGGUGGCUUUAACUUGAGAAGUGCUGUUUUAUAAAGAAUAAACAGGAGCCUCAAACUGUU